AUGGUGGUGAAGAUGAUGAAGUGGCGGCCGUGGCCGCCGCUCACGACGCGGAAGUACGAGGUGAGGCUGGUGGUGGGGCGACUGGAGGGCUGGGAUCCGGCGCGGGACGGCGGCGAGAACAAGUUGACGGUGGAGAUUAGGUGGAAGGGGACCAGUCGGGGCAAAGUGGGGCCCUUGAGCUCGCUCCGCCGCGCCGUCGUGAAGAGGAAUUUUACUAAGGAGGUGGAGGCGGGUGAAAACGGCGUCGUUUUGUGGGACGAGGAGUUUCACAGCGCGUGCUCGUUUUCCAAGUAUAAGGACAAUGUGUUUCAUCCUUGGGAGAUCGCCUUCACUGUCUUUGAUGGUCUGAAUCAAGGGCCAAAAAUUAAAGCUCCUGUUGUCGGAACAACGUCAGUGAACCUUGCUGAAUUUAUUUCUGCAGCUGAAGAAAACGAGCUUCAGUUAAACAUCCCUCUCACCAUGUCUGCCAGUGCUGCCGAGCCCUGUCCCUCACUUUGUAUAUCGCUUGGCUUAUUGGAACUGAGAACGCCGCAAGAAAUGGCAGAGCCAGUGCAGGGAUCAAUUAUGCCAACUCCAUCACCAGCCCAAUCAAGAGAAACUGUUUCUGCAGAAAAGGAUGAGCUUUCUGCUCUUAAAGCCGGUCUUAGGAAAGUAAAGAUUUUUACUGAGUACGUGUCCACCAGAAAAGCGAAAAAACCCUGCCGUGAAGAGGAGGGCAGUGAGGGUAGGUGUUCUGCCAGGAGUGAGGAUGGUGAGUACAACUAUCCAUUUGACACUGAUUCACUUGAUGAUUGUGAAGAAGGUGAAUCAGAUGAUGUCAAAGAUGAUUCCAGUGUUAGGAAGUCAUUCAGCUAUGGCACACUGGCCCACGCAAAUUAUGCUGGAAGAACAAUUUACUCCAAUAUGAGAAUCAAUGGCGAAGGUGAGGAUUGGGUUUAUUACAGCAAUCGCAAAUCAGAUGUGGGGUGCUCACAGGCCGAGGACUCAUCUGCAUCAGUCUCUGAGCCGUCUGUUAGUUCAAAGCGGGGCUUACUUCCUUGGAGGAAGAGAAAGCUGAGCUUCAUUCGGUCUCCUAAAGCCAAAGGAGAACCAUUGUUAAAGAAGGCUUAUGGUGAAGAAGGUGGUGACGACAUUGAUUUUGACCGUCGUCAGCUUAGCUCUGAUGAAUGCCUAUCUCUUGGGUGGCAGAAGACGGAGGAGGAUUCAUCUGCUAAUCGGUCAUCAGUUUCGGAAUUUGGAGAUGAUAAUUUUGCUAUAGGCUGUUGGGAGAAAAAGGAAGUGACAAACCGUGAUGGACACAUGAAGCUUCAAACACAGAUCUUCUUUGCUUCUAUUGAUCAGCGGAGUGAGCGGGCAGCGGGCGAGAGUGCAUGUACUGCUCUUGUUGCAGUAAUUGCAGAUUGGUUUCAGAAUAACCCUGACCACAUGCCCAUAAAGUCCCAGUUCGAUAGUCUGAUUCGAGAAGGCUCGUUAGAGUGGAGGAAUCUUUGCGAAAAUGAGACAUAUAUGAAGAGAUUCCCCGACAAGCACUUUGAUCUUGAAACAGUCCUCCAAGCCAAAAUACGUCCUCUUUCUGUAGUUCCAAGGAAAUCUAUCAUUGGGUUUUUCCAUCCUGAGGGAGUGGAUGAGGGACAAUUUGAUUUUCUACAUGGUGCAAUGUCCUUUGAUAACAUUUGGGAUGAGAUUAGCCGCGCUGCAUCCGAAUGUUCUAGCAAUGGGGAACCUCAAGUUUAUAUUGUUAGUUGGAAUGACCAUUUCUUCAUCCUCAAGGUUGAACCAGAAGCUUACUACAUUAUUGAUACGUUAGGGGAGAGGCUCUAUGAAGGAUGCGACCAGGCCUAUAUUCUUAAAUUUGACAGCAACACGGCAAUUUACAGAAAACAAAAUGUUGCAGAAUCAUCUGAUGAUAAAACAGAGGAAGAGGAGCUCGUGUGUCGAGGGAAGGAAGCCUGCAAAGAGUAUAUAAAGAGCUUUCUAGCUGCUAUUCCGAUAAGGGAAUUGCAGGCCGAUAUCAAGAAAGGAUUAAUAUCAUCCGCACCUCUUCAUCAACGUUUACAGAUUGAAUUCAAUUUUACCCAGUUCUCAAAACUGCUGCCUACUAGUCCACCGGCAGAAGUAACCACUAAUGUGUCACAAAGUCCACUGGUAGAAGUAACCGCUGAUGUGUCACAAAGUCCACCAGCAGAGGUAACCACUGAUGUGUCACAAAGUCUCCAAGUUUCUAAGGCAGAGGUUGCUGCGGAAUAAGAGUGUAAAUUUUAGGAAGUGUGAUUACUCUAACGUUCUUUUCUUUUUUAUCUUUUCUCAACUGAGUCUCUAAUGGGAACUGGGAUUAACAAAUAGGAAAGUGCUCAAUUUUUUUGAGUACCAUGGGAGGGAGGUGAGCUCAUGUCGAUUCUAAGAUAGGCUGGAAAUGAAAGUGUAUGUUUCCGCAGUUGGAUCUUAUGUUUGUUUACCUUAUUUGAUGUGGCAUUGCUUUUAAGUAGCCUAAUCUCUCUGGUAAAUGGGUAUUCUGUACAUGACUCUGUAAUCUCUCUUUCAGACUACUCAGCUCUGACUUCUUACCAAUGUUAUC